AUGGUCCAAGAUCAGAACCCCAAACUAUGGCAUCCAGCACGCUUCACCCACGGCCACAUCCAUGGCUCGGGUGAUGGACCAUUUGGACCUGAUGAAGUCAAGCAACACACUGUUAUAAUACUCAAUAACCCAUUGGAGAACAGAAACCUUCUAGUCGAUGUCUGUAUCGAAGCUCGUUGCAUUGUAUGUGCCGAUGGCGGAGCAAAUAGACUUCAUGAUUUGCACCUUGCGGGAAAAGAAAAAACCAUCUGUUUCCCCAACGCCAUAUGCGGAGACUUGGACUCUUUACGUCUCGACGUCGAGGAACACUAUCGAAGCCAAGACGUAAAGAUCAUCAAAGACCCAGAUCAGUAUUCAACAGACCUAACAAAAUGCUUGAAGUAUAUAAGAGAUCAAAUAGUCGAUACAGAAGAUAAAUACGAAUCUCCUCGGAGAGGAGUGGACGUAGCGAUCUUCGGAAGCCUUGGUGGCAGGGCCGAUCAGGCCUUCUCUCAACUACAUCACCUUUACACAAGCUCCCAAGAUUUUCCAUCGAUGAUUGGCGAUUUGUACCUUAUCACAGCGGAAAGCGUGAUGUUUCUUUUGGAAAAGGGGAAGAACAGAAUCCAUGCUCCAGUGGGACCGAGACAUUUCACUGAGAACGUUGGUGUUAUACCAAUUGGAAGGCCAUCAAAAGUUACGAUGCACGGUUUCGAAUGGGAUGUAACAGACUGGCGCACCGAAUUUGGUACCCAAAUGAGUACGAGCAACCACAUCAGAGCGGAAAUUGUGGAGGUGGAGACCUCGGAAAGAGUCUUGUUUACUCUUGAGACUGCCAGAAAACCUGGACGCUAA